UAGGACUGCGGGGCAACAAAGGAUAACUUAUGCAACUUCCAUGGAAGUGUGCCAAAGACAGCGUUCUCGAGUAAUUGGAGUAUUUUUGCUAGAUAGGCACAUGCACUCUCGCCCUAGGUGGAGCUUCUAUUAGCCCGGAUCACGAAAGCCGACCUGGAAACUGGUUCAGCCCGGAUUCAGGUUUCUUCUUUGCAAUAGGACCGUUCUUUUACGGCGGAAGUGCGAUAAUACCUGGGCCGAAGCUGCCGUUUCGGCCUCAACAUUUGUAUCCCAAUAUCGCACAAUGGAGAAAUAUUACGAGUCAACAGUUCCUUGCACUCGUCUGCCGUUCCAGCCAGUAAAAGUUUUGGAACAGGAUGAAGGGAUCAGUUAUAAGUAUGUACAAAGGAUUCUGUGAUGCAUCGAAGACAAAAGAAAAGACUACUAGUACUACAAAAUAUGGUUGCAAUGGCAAAUUCAACAUUGCUUCGUCUGAUCGAAGCAUGAAGGGUACAAGAACGAUAAGACAAUCUAAUUAUCACUUAUAACGGAAACUUUAAUGCAAAGGAGGAUUAAAUACGCGCAUUAUGCGUUAGGCGUAUAUGGAGCGGAAGAAUCGUAUAAGGAAAUACGCACACCAUUCUAGUUAGUUACAAAUAGUUCUUCUCGAAGGUAACUGUUGCUUAUAAUCAAGCGGCUUUCUUCUGCGUGCGAUGAAAAAUUGCAAAGAAGUUAGAAAAAAAUCUUACCGAGUCUCGCUGAUAGAAUCGAAACGGAGCUAUUGAAACUUAAAUACCGGAGUUGUAAUCUUUGUUAAAUUUUUUUAUCAAUAUUUUUCUUAUGUUCUUUCCCUAAUGUAUUAGCACAAAUUAUAUUUUAAUAAUAAUUUAUCGCGAUAUUUUGGAACAAAUUAAAACGAUAUAAUUUCUUGCGUAGAUAUUUUAAUAAAUGCUUAGUUGGCAAGAUGUAAUUAGAGACUGUAAUCACCUUAUUUUGCGACACUGUAAUUAAUGGAAUAAUUUAUGGAACAUUGCCACAAUAAUCGAGCAGCAAUACCUUUCCCAUUCCAGCCCGGAAAAAUGUCUGAGGUAUCCCGAGUUUCUUUUUCACGUCGCUAUUUGAUUAAAGUUAUUUCCGAGCGCAACUUCAUUUCCGAUUGUCUGUAAGGCCGGCACGAGAACAGCACGGAACGCAUGCAAAGAUGCGCAGCUCCGAUAGAUCUAUAAGAUAAGACGAUUCGUACUCCGCACAUCUGUGUCGAAUACAAUAGCUUGGAUAUAGAGUAGGUGUGGGCCAGGUGCUACGCAGGUAUAAAAGCGUGUUUCGGGCACGUCGAAGCUGUCAGUACGCGUAUAACAAUUAGACGAAGAAUUUCCUCUAACCGCGUUCCACCCAGUACAGCCCAUCUCGUUGCUAUCUAUUAGAUUAUAUUUUUAAUAGAUUGGGAACCACCGGGAGAAAUUGCAGGCAAGGCACGUUAUUUUUCUUGCAUUCCGUCUUCGGCGCGCAAAAUGAGAAAACGUGAAAUAACCGCGGCGAGCGAAUCGACGCGUUUUUGCGGAAGUCAUGCCGGUUAAGGAACAAACGCUGAAUGGGAACGAAUGGAAUUUUUAUGGGCCGUCGAGCUGUGUCAGGCUGUGGAUCUUAAAUCUGACGCAUGAAGCGAAAGAUGUAAUGUCUUCCAACACGAAAGAAACGUGUCGUUGAACGAGUUCAACAUGUGAUUGGUUGACAUAAAAAAUAAUUGCGAUGGUGUCCAGCGGCGAUCUGCCUGUGUACUGGUGGCUUGAAGUUAUUUAAACUGUAAGUCGCGCAACGUGUGAAUUUAAGUCUUGAAUACAAGUAGAAAAAGUGAGCUUCAGAAAUGGCUGAACCCGACGUGACGGAUGAGAAAGAGGCCACUGUGGCGAACGCGGCGUCCACCUGCGAUAAGCGACAUUGCAAGGAAAUGCGGAAGGAAAAGCUACCCCCAUAUCUUCGGGACAGAGAGAGGAUACUCUACCCACGUAACACGAGAGCCCUUCCAAAAACGCCCGUGAUCGGCGGGCAACCCAUCGAAGAAGAAACGUGCAUGGCUUUGAGAACGUUGGUCUUCGGUUCCUGCGCGAGUCCACCUAAGGUCGAGUGGGCGAGGACCGGGCUGACCUUACGACCGUACGGACAAAGCUUAGCAUUCGGGUUGAGAACGCCCAGAAAUACAACAAGAAGCCUCGUCACUGCAGUGCAAGCUAUUAUGCUGAAGCACUUUUUGUUCAAGUGCGACAGGCAGGAUCUACGUGUAAAUCCCGAAACCUUGCUGAAACCUUCAUACGAUCGACAGAUCGAAGUGUUAACUUGUGCAAUAUCGGAGAUUAUCUGGCGUUGUGCAGGUGGUUUCUCCGUAUCCACAUGUCCAAACGUGGUCAGCAACAUCGUGCCAAAGGCCAUCGUAGUUCUGCCGCAGGAUACGCCGUAUCUUCAGCACAGUGUGCAAUAUUUUCAAGAUGGAUUAACAGAAACGCUACACCUUUUCGAGUUCAAUUCCUUGGAGGAUCUUGAGAUAUUUGUCAAGAGGUACUUGUACCUGUUUCAUGACGAGGGCGGACCUGGCGCAAAGUUACUUUUAUACAGCGCAGUACUUUCAAGAGGCCUCUCAAAGGUGCGAAAUGAUAUAGAAGAUCCAAAGGCAUCGAUCCUCGGCGGCUGUUCGGAAGAAGGCCCAAUCAGUAUUACCAUCUUCGUUUUAACCGGUCGUGCUUCACCGCAUCUUCACAACGGAGUGCUUCAUGUUGGCGACGAAAAUACAUACGCUGUGCCGCACUGGGGCGUCCUUAUGAGGAGCGAAGUGGGGUUCUUAGUACACGAAGGUGAUAGCAAUAUAAGCAAACAGCCGGGUUCUCGAUUGAAAACACCCAGUCUACCGAUAUGGGUGACUCUUUGUCUCGGCCAUCACGGUGUGGUUUUCAACACGAAUCGAGAAUUGCUGAGGAAUUAUCAUGCGGAACGACGAUUCGAGGUUCAAUAUUUCACCUGCGGUGGCAGUCACGCUACGUUGACGGUGGAUACCAGGGCAAACGAGGCUUCCGGAGGAUCAGAUGCUGCAACAAUGGAAACCGGGGAUAUCGCCGCGACACCGUUAGAGAAACUUAUUCGAUCCAAUGCAGGGAAAAGAUCUAAGAUCGCUAUUGUCUUCUCGAUUACAAAAUGAUCAUGCGAUAUCUGCGAGAUUGCUCGAGCGUUACCGUAAACAGCGCAAGAAUUCAAGGUAUCACCUCUUCCACUUAUUGUUCCACGCUGCACCAAAGGUGGCAGGAUGCUCUCAUACAAUGGAACGGAACGCCGGUGAUGUGAGGGAUACGAAAGGAUGACGACCAGACCCGCUCUUCCGUGUUAAGCCGUGUGUCCGUGAUUCCGCGUGAUGCUAAUCGAUCGGCGCUUAUCGAUCGCUAUGUAUGCUUAUCCCAGUAGGGCCCAAAAAGCCUUUAAUUGUCGUUACAAGUCCACGUAGAAAUUACAUGUGUCGCAAUAUCAGAUGUUUCAUAAUAUUUAACGUGACAAAAUUCUUCCGACGCUUUCUAGACAGUGUAGCAGGCAUUUGUACGAUGGCCAGGAAGCUCUGUUAUUUCGUGAAAUAUUUCAAUUGUCAAUAAAUGGCUGUGUUAAUGUACCAUUAUCUUAUGUAAACUGUGUAUUGUAAGAUAAAAAAAUACAUUCUGUAAUUGUUACCUUUAAUAUCA